CUAGAGAAUUACAAAAACUUCUCAGAUUUGCUAAGCUACAAGAAAAGAAACAAACUCAGCAACAAAGCAUGAGACCUCUAGAACUAAGCCCAAACAACCUAUAUAAUGAGAAGGCUGAAGAUACUAUGGUAGUUGAUACAGUAAUAACUGAACCAACUAACACAGAA